AUGAGCUAUUUAUACAAUUUUCCACAUUGCCCACAUUGUGUGUGGAACUUCUAUAAAUUACAGGAAUAUCAGAAGCGAGAAGCCGAAAAACAUCGGCGAAAAAUUAUUCUUCCAUGCGUUAUUCCAUGGGAAUAUGGUACGAACAAAUAUGCAAGUCAAAAAGGAUCGGGCGGCUUUGGUUCAAUUCGCAAUGCGACUACUAAAAUACAGUGUAGUCGACCACUAAGUGAAAGCAAUGAUGGUGUAGUGCCACGGAUAAGUUGUCCCUCACUUUGGGACAAAGAACUCGCUUCUCAGGCUGGCUUAACACCAUUUGGAGGAAUUCGUGAGCAUGCUAUCAAAGUUCAGGAUCGAGAAGGCGAACCAAAAAAAGAUAUAAACAAAUUAAGCAAGGAUCAUAAAUCAGAAAGUAUUCUAAAAAUUUGGUCGCGACCUAAUCCACAUGCAAAUGCGACACAGCAAAUUGGUAAGCCAAAAUUCUUUGGCUUUUUUUUAAAAUUUUAUAUAAAAAAAGCGCGUGCAAGUAAAAAUUUUUAUAGAAGAUUUUAA